GCAUGAACGGUGUCGUUGAAGCUUCAACGAUCCGGCACUGAUCGAGCCUAUUGGCGUGGUGGCGCAGGUCAGCUUAUUCAGCGUCAAGGUGGGCGAACGGUAGUCGGCGGCACGACGAGAAGGCGUAAAGGCGCCAUUUUCUGCUUCGACCACGAAUCUUCGGUCCAGCGAAACGCUUCCAUUGAGCUCAGAAGACCGAAGCUGCGUAAUCAUGUCCGAAGAUAGAGGUUCCGUGCGGAAAUAUGCGCGCAUUGCGGAGUCGAAGACCUGGGGAACGUAUGUCAGCAUGUACUAUAAAACGGAGAAAGCGAACGACAGAGUCCUGACCAGAGGCCCUCUAUUCGUGAAAUUUGAGCCCCCUGUCAUGUCUACACCCACUUCAGACGACUCGAAGAAGCUGAUCCUUGUCAUUGGUGCCACUGGGGCACAGGGCCUGGCCGUCGUCGAUAAACUUCUAGCUCCAUGUGAGGAUGGCUCGCCAUCGCCGUAUGCGGUUCGUGCUCUCACUCGUAAUCCGCAAAGUCAACGAGCGAAGGCACUGGCCGAGCAGGGCGUCGAGAUUGUUCAAGGAAAGUUUGACGACUUCGACUCCGUUGCGGUCGCUUUGAAGGGUGCAUACGGCGCGUGGAUCAAUACGGAUGGCUUUACCGUGGGCAUAGAGAAGGAAGUCUGGUGUGGCAUCAGGAUCUACGAGCUAGCCAGGCAGGCUCGCAUCAAGCACUAUGUCUGGAGCAGCCUUGAUUAUGCAUCAAAGCUGAUGGACUUUAACCCUAUAUACAGAUGUGAACACUCCGAUGGGAAAGGGAUAGUAGCGGACUUUCUUAAAUCACAACCGUCGGUGGUUAGCGAUACCGACAUGUCUUGGACUAUCGUGACGUCGGGACCCUACAUGGAUAUGCUCCAAAAUAUAAUGUUUGGACCGCUCAAGCGCAGGAUAGAUGGUACCGUUGUCUUCGCCAUGCCCAUAAAAAACGGCCACGCGCCCAUGAUAGCGCUAUCCGACCUCGGGUUCUUUGCCCGGUACACAUUCGACAAUCGCGAGGGCACCUCUGGCCAGGACCUGUCAAUCGCUAGCGACUGGGUUGGGUGGGAAUAUCUGAAGUCUACGUUCGAGCGCGUUACAGGCCAAAAGGCGGAGAUCAUCCACCAAUCGCUCGACGAGUGGUUCGAGAACUUCGAGCGCGUUGAUUACCCCAUUGCAAACGAGCGGACUUAUGGUGAUGGCUCGACCACCUGGAAGGAGAACUUCCAGUGCUGGUGGGCGAUGUGGCGUGACGAUGUCGUCAAGAAGGAUUAUGACUGGAUCCGGAAGGUGAACCCGAAGGGCCAUACUCUAGAGUCGUGGAUGAGGGAGCAGCAGUAUGGCCCGGAGCUCUUCCAGCGGUCAGACUAUGUGCUGAAGAACGUGGAAGAAGGCAAAGGCGCAAUGCCGAAUUGGGAACGCAUCGACAAGCUCUGACGGUGUUAAGUCUCAUGGAUGCUUCGGAAUUGUGCGUGCAUCUUUAGGUCUUAGGAUGUGUGAUGGCAAGUUGGAAGCACAACAUAGACAACGGAUGCUAGAGAUGAGAAUCUUUUGUGAUACAACUAUUAGAGGAUGAAUGUAGGAUUGGUACUUACGAGGCACUCUUGCCGAUAUGAUCACAAUGCAUUUGAAGAGGUCUAUGCGUACGAUCACGC